UGAACUUUUUAAAGUGACUUGUACUUCACGGCACGCUGUUUAAUAUAUUCUUAUUACUAGGUUUACCUCAAGUUUCCCUUGCAGUCUAACAACAUGGAAAAAUAUGAAGAUUUAGGGCUCGAAGCGAGCAAAUUUAUUGAAGACCUGAACAUGUACGAAGCGUCUAAAGAUGGGUUAUUCCGCAUGAGGAGGGACGCUGGGAACAACCCAGACUUUGAGGAAACCAGGAAAGUUUUCGCCUCCAAAAUGACUAAAAUCCACAUGCAGAAGCACCAAGAAGAGAUUGCAAGAAACAACCUGGUGGAGAGGCUCAACGGUGGGACAUUAUACACCAAAGACAGACCACCUAUCAGCAACUCCAGACAUGAAACAGCAUCCAAGCCGCCCAUUCUCUCUGGCCCAAGCACAGCUGGCAUGAACCCAUACUUAUCUUAUGAAGGACAGAAACAUCAUCCAGCUAGCUCUCAUGAUGCCCACAGCACCAGGGUUUACAGCUACGGAAGCAAUCAUGACAAUAAAGACCACUUGCUCUCUAUCCAACAUCCAUCUGUUGAGCCUGGAAAUACUUAUUCUCAAUCUCAUCCUGCCUCUGCCAACCUUUUUGGCAUUAAGAACAAUCUUGCAUGCCAAGCAUCAUCAUGCAUCCCUGACAUCACUUCAUCAAGUCCAGAAGCCACCCUAAAUAGUGGUGCAACUUCUCCCAUUCGACAGAACUCACCCUGCCAGACAUUGCCCAGCACUGAGAGGGUGGAAUGGUUUCCACAACCACCCAAAGAAGCAAAUGGAGAUGAACCAAAAUUUUAUCACCAGGAUUCUCAAGUCAGCCCUACUCAGCCUGUAUCAGCCCCAAAAGCUGGGCAUAUUAAUCCACAAUGUAAUGGAGUUCUUCAAAGCAGGGUUUCCCCACAAUCCAUGGUAGCACAAAGCCAACCGGAGCUCAAAGGUCAGACGCAGCACACUCAAGGCCAGGACAGUCCAGCGAGCAGUUUAACAAACCCAUGUGUUCAGAGUGAUGUCCAUAUUGAUACCCACAGCCCCCCACAGCCACAAAAACCUGCAUGCCACGUGCUUAAUAUACAGCCAGAUCAUGGGCUGACUGUAGCCGAAAUAAAAUUAGAAGCUCUAGCUGAGCGGCUGGAAAAAGAAAUGGAUGCCCAACCAAAGACUGACUACUUCGGAAGCUGUGUGAAAUGCAAUAAGGCUGUGUAUGGAGCAAGUCAGGCAUGUCAAGCCAUGGGCAGCCUCUACCACGACAGCUGCUUUACCUGCAGUGCCUGCAGUCGGAAGCUCAGGGGAAAAGCGUUUUACUACGUCUCUGGAAAAGUAUUCUGCGAGGAGGAUUUUCUGUACUCUGGUUUUCAGCAGUCAGCUGAUAAAUGCAGCGUGUGUGGCCACCUGAUCAUGGACAUGAUCCUGCAGGCAUUAGGAAAGUCCUACCAUCCUGGCUGCUUCCGCUGUAUCAUCUGCAAUGAGAGCCUGGAUGGAGUUCCUUUUACUGUGGAUACAGAGAACAAGAUCUACUGUGUCAAGGACUAUCACAGGGUUUUGGCUCCUAAAUGUGCAGCGUGCAGUCAGCCAAUCCUUCCCUCAGAGGGCUCAGAUGAAACUAUUCGAGUGGUCUCCAUGGACAAGGACUACCAUGUGGAAUGCUAUCACUGUGAGGAUUGUAAGAUGGAGCUGAAUGAUGAAGAAGGGCACCGUUGUUACCCACUGGAUGGGCACCUGCUUUGCCACACAUGCCACCUUAAACACGUCGAGCCAAAUGUCCCUUCAGUUUGACACCAACAAAUACUAGAAUCAGUGUUUGAUGUUUGCUGCCCCACUGUGGCUGUGAUGAGACAUGAAUGAAGCCAAACGGAAACGAAAGCUGAAAAUUAGCCUUAGAGAAGGCCUACUAUAUAACCUCAUUGUUCUUUUUUAUUUUCAAACAUUGGUCAAGAACUUGUCAAACUUUGUUAUAAUGUUGUUUAUAUAUUAUAUAUUUAAUUUCAUUUUACCAAAUGCUUUAUUUUGUUCAGGGUUGUGAUGGGUCAGGUUCCACUGGGCGCAGGACAGGAAUAGCGCCAAUCCAUCUCAGGGCUUUGGCCAGCUCACCCCCAAGACAUAUUCAAUCAUGCCUUUGUAAACGCCCAGCUGGUCAAUAGCACAGCUAAGAUUUGAACCCGGAUCUAGAUAAAUAGCCCGCUGUGCCACCCAAGCGGCUUUUUAUACAUGUAAAUCAUGUAAACAUGUAAAGUUAUGACCAGAGUGAAGCAGGGGGAGUCAGGGCCAAGAUUCAUACAAUAAAAAGUUACAAUAAAAAUACGUCUUUACUGCAGUCAAAAAAUGCUUUAUUUAAAGAACCAUGCUGAGUAAACGGCGGUUUUUCCAAAAGUUUGCCCUUGCUAAGUGUAUUUACUAUGAAGCUCAAAUUGCAAUGAAGGUAUGACUGAUUUUUUAGGUAAAUAAAUAAACCUACUUAGUUUAGAUAUUGUAAAAUGUAUAGUAAUUUAUGGUGUGAAUGUGUGACUGAAUGACAAGGGAAGGUUGUUAAUGAUGGCUCAGUGUGAACAUCUGUAUGUCUGUUAUUUAUCUUUAUAUUCAUUUAACCUAAAUCUAUCUUAUAAUGAUUACGACAAGCUGUUAUGCCAGAAAUACAAUGUGUGUUUUAUAUAGUAUUGAAAUGCAUACACAAUUGUAUGUAAACAUUAGGAUAUUGUGUCGUUCUGUAUUACACACAUUUGCUUUCCUCAUGUUCAUUGUUUGAAAUUGUAAUUCCAGACCUGUUUGAAUAAAUAAAGUUGUCUGCACCUAAUGUUUUUAUAGAAAUGUUGAGCUUAAGUGUUGCAAUUACACCCACUAACUACAGCUGUAUAAAAUCAAUUAUAUACUUCCAACUUUGUAACAACAGUUUGGUAAAGACCUAUUCCUGUGCCAGCAUGACUGUACACCUGUGCAUAAAGUGGGGUCCAUAAAGACACUGUUGACAAGUUUGGUAUGGAGCUAUUUAUUGGCCCUGACAUUCACCCAAAUUAACACCUUUACCCCUGCUUUUUUAGAAGUGGCAGAGGAAUACAGAGAGAGAGUAGAGUGGUCCUCUGUAACUACUACAGAGGGUUUUUGGUCUGUUGGUCCUGGAUUCUGUAAAGUUUGAGAUUUGAGACAACGUUCAUUGUAAAAAGCACUAUACAAAUAAAUUUUACUUGACUUUAUACACAUAACUCAUUCUGUACAGUACCUGCACAUCUGGACAUUGUAAAAUUAUUCUAAUUCUGAAUUGAAACACUAUAUGUCGGAAUAAUUCUUGAAACAUUUACAUUAACGGACUCACAGUAGAUUAUACUUUAAUGCUGUAUAUCUGUACGCUCAUAACUUUACAUGUAUAUGCUGAACAGAUGGUGCUAGUUUAUGUAAGAUUUAUGUAAGCAAAUGUGUGUUUUGUAUUUAAUGCACCCAAGAUUUUCACUCACCUUUCACACCUGUGUUAA